AUCCCAGGGGAAGCUGCGGCCAGUUAGCAGAUUUUAUAUCACUACUGUGAACUUAAGGAAGAAAAUGGUAUAGUGCUAAUGACAGCAGAAAUGGAUUCCACAUUCUGAAUGAUGCUGAGGCACAGUGCAUGGCCAACCAAGUUCAGCUCUUCUGUGCCAGUGAUCGAAAACUAUGGCCUCAAGACAUCACUACUGAAGUCAGUGAAACCCCGCAAAUUGAGACUACAAAGGAAGAGGUUCUACUCAGGACCCCUGAGUGCGACACUCAAAUUCUUUUACAGGAGAGCACAGUCUGUUCUACGAAGCAGGAUGAAAAUCUUCCAAACAAUGACACUGCAGAAUCAUCACCUGUCCCACAGGAUGAAUCAGUGCCUCCUUGUACUGAAUGUGCUGAGGAAAAAAAAACAGAAAACCAAAUGACUGACACCGAAGGGACAGCAAAUAGAGAAAAAAAAUUACUGUAAAUACCAAGAAACUGUGUUAAAAAAACAUCCAUUUGCUAUUGUAUUCAUACUCUUUUUAGACCACAAGCUUCAUGGAAAUACUAAAUUUUUAAAGCAUGCAACUUUUUCACAAUUUUAUGUAACUUUAUAAAGUAGUCUACAAAUUUUCCAAAAGAUUCCAGGCCAAUUAUGAUCCUUAAGCAAUAACCUAAUUAAAAUGGAUAUCCGCAGUCCUAAGUCGUCAUUGUCAUUAGUAAGUUGCCCAGUAUAAAUUGGUCUUUUUCAUAACUCAAAUGCAAAAUAACAUUUAAUAUUUCUGGUUAAUUUGGGUAGCUAGUACUUCCCUGAUCUAGUUUUUUUUUUUUUUAAUCAAUUGGAGAAUAACUAAAUGUUGCAGAUCCUUAACAUCCUUAGAAUACAAUUUGAAACCAUAUCAUAAAGAUUUUAGUCCAUGCUGAUUAACUGGAAUCACUUUCCUUAAGGUUCUAAUCUGUGCUGACCCAAAUGUAUCAUUUGUUUGAUGACAUUCAUUGCUAUUCUCAUUAUUAUUUACAGCCAUGUCUAAUAAUGUCAGGGGUUUAGUCAGUUAAGAAAGUUCAUUAAAUACAUUUAGUAUGAUGUAGACAAAAUAUCAAGAAUGAAUGUCUAAGUUACUGACACAAUUGGUUAGAUUUUUGGCAUUCUAUAGACACACCCUUAUGGUUGUCUGCUGGAAUUACUCCAAGUUACAAAUCAAGCUAAGUGUGAAUUUAGAUAUGAAAUUGGGUAACAGAAUGUGGGAUGGGAAGAGGGGUCUGGGAUACAAACAUGCAAGCAGAUAGUAUACAUCUUAAAAUGGAGACUUGAAAGUAAACAGACUUAUAAAACUAAUGAACCCCAAUUUGUAUAUUAUGGAAAAAAAUUAUUCUUAAAUCAUUGGCUGUGGGAAUCUCUGUCAUUGGGACUCUACAUAGGAAUUGUUGUUCAGUUGCUAAGUUGUGUUUGACCCUGCACACCCACAGACUGCAGCACACUAGGCUUCCCUUUCCUUCACUAUCUCCCGGAAUUUUUUCAAAAUCAUAGAGUACCACUGAUCAAAUAAAUUCACUCUUGAAUAGUCUGCUUCCUCUCAAGCAAGAGAAAUUGAUACUGAUCAAACUUAUAGACUAAAAUUAAUGGGUUAAAUGAUAUGGUUAGGUUGUCUGCACCAAAUAUAUUCACUUCUGUUGGUUAGACUCAUUCUGUAGAAAGCACAUAAAACCACUGUUUUUUUCUAGAAUAGAUCUGCCAAGCCACAAUUAAUUUGGAGCACAAUAUGCUGGCAAGCUACAUAUAUAUAUAUAAAAUGAAAUCUGUAAUCAAUAGAUGAACUUAAAUUGUGGGAUGUAAUGGCCCAACUUUGAUCACAAUGACUUAUUCAAAGAAAUGUAGUGAUCUGGAGAAAUGCUAAACUAUAAUUAACAGUAAAAGUGAUACUGUGACAUAUUAAGAUAUGUCUAAGUAAUACUGUGACAUUAAGAUAUGUCUAAGGUACCUAAGAAAGAUUAACUAGUUUUAUAGAUGAUUUGUAGUGUCUUGGGGUGAAAUGAUCAGGACAGAAGAAGUGAUCAAGCCUGAAGUUCUUGCUGACUCCUUAGCUCUAAAAAUCAUUUGAUUCGAUGAGACGGAAUAUUGCUAGUUUCCCAAGUCUUAUUUCUUGUAAUUUUCAUACUGUACCAAGAAACUCUUGACCAUCUCUAAAGGUUUAUGAAAGGGAAGUAGAUAGUUUAGUUUAGGUGUACUUUUCUACUCUGCCCACUGCCCUGCCCCUCCCCAUGGCUCCAAAUUCAAUCCAGUUCAUAUGGAUCCUAUGGAAAGUUAAUCACCAUUUCACUGUGUAUGUCUUGAGGAAUCUUUGAGAUAAUAAAAAGAGAGUCACUAUGAUAUUUUUCUGAAAAUUUUAGAGGGUAACAUAAUGAAAGAGAAUCUGGCUUAAUAUUAAUCAACAGCUUCAUCUGUAAAUUAUUUUUUCUAUACUCUGAAUUCCUAUUCUAGUCCAUAAUAAUAUCAGUUUGUUUCUCUCAAUUACUGACAUGAUCAAGUGGGCUUUGACUGAUAAUGUACACAACCUUCUUUAACAAGAGGUAGCAUUAUUCAUCCUAGAGUUUACUGUGGUAUAUUCACUGCAUUAUUUGUUAAAAAAAAAAAAAAAAUUUUGUGAUAGAAGAAUUUCAUAAACAUUUCUAAGAAAUAUUCUAGAAAUUCCUUUUAACAGUUAAUCACAAUUCUUUUUAGUAUGUACUAUUACUUGACUUUAAUGAAUGCAUUUAUAUCAAUCCAUUAAUUGGUUUAAAAUAGUAUCAGAGAGGUUUAAAAUGUAUUACAAACGUGUGGCUUUUGUACAUGAGAGGUACCAUUUCUUAUUUUUUAAAGUAACUUCUAUAUAAAGAUGUUAUUUUUGAGGGGCUAACAUUUGUAGCCUAGCUAUCUGCAUAUGGAAAAAAAAUUAACCAAAUGUAGAAUGUAGAUAGUACAGUUCUACUAUGUACUGAAAUGGUAAGCAGUGAAAAAUUACAUAUGCUUUGCAGAAUGCAAAUUGGUUCCUAUUGAGAAAUAAACACAUUUUCCAAUGGAAUAACUUAAUAUAGGUACUACCACAACUAACUAUUUAUUUAUCUCUAGUUAUUUUGAAAAACUAAGCAAUGCUAUAUACUCAUUCUAAGUUGGAAAUUGGUUUUGGAUUUUGUGUUUCCUUUUAUAUGCAUUAACUGUGUAAACUAGUGCCUAAAAUGUAUAAGACCUAAAUGAAAGCUGACUAUGUCUAUCCCAUAGCAACAUUCUCAAGAUGAAAAGUGAAAAAUUAACUCACCUGGAUGUGGUUUUCUGUGUGAUCUCAAAUCUUUGAAUACUGAAUGUCCAUGACUAAUUUUUUUUCAUUCUUUAAUCCUAUAUUUAGCAUUGAAGUGCUAUUUGAGAAGCAUUUGUUUCAUAAAGUAUACUGGUUUAAAAAGCUAAGGCAGUUCCAUGUAAAUGAGACAUGUGCUGUUUUAGAUGGACAGUGUGGAUAGCUGGAUUAAAACAGUAUUUGUGAA